AUGGAGAGUGAUGAAGAUGUAAAAGUCUCCGUGUUCCAGAGCAGUGUGUUGGACUCGGUUCCUGCAGGAGCGUCAGUGACUCUGCAGUGCUCGGUUCUCUCUGAGAGCAGAGCAGCAGAACUCCAAGUGCUCUGGUUCAGAGCUGCUCCACCACAAUCCCAUCCUCAAAUCAUUUACACUCAUCACAACAGCAGCCAUCAGUGUGAGAGCGGCUCUUCUACACACACCUGUGUGUACAAGUUCUCCAAGAACAUCCUCAGCCUCAAUGAUACUGGGACUUACUACUGCGCUGUGGCCGUGUGUGGGAAGAUCAUUUUUGGGAACGGGACACGAGUACAACUGGAGAGCUCUGUGACUCCUGUCGUGGUUAGCCUUGCUGUAGCUUUGGGAGUCUGUGUGGUUGUGAUCAUUGCUUUGAUCUUUGUCCUAACCCAUAAAACAGGAAACUGUGAACAAGGCAUGGUGAGAUUAAAACAAGAUUCUGCAAAAGACAAGACCCUCAAUCAGGACGGUGACAAUGGGGAGCUGAAUUACGCUGCCUUACAUUUUAACGAAAGAAGAACCAAAAGAGGACAAAUAAGGAAAAAUCAACCUCAGGAUGUUAUAUAUUCUGAUGUCCAAUGUCCUUCUGUAACUCAGAUUUGAUCUGUAAACUGAUACAAUGUCACUAGUUCUGGUAUCAGGUUUUAUUUUUAAUAUAGAUAUAUAUUUUUGUGAAUGAUU